CCGGCUGAGAGCAGUCAUGUGAACGCUUCCCAUAUGACAACACUGAGACUAUCAGCGACCAGAUUUAUCCCUCAGCAGAGGAGAUACCGCUCAAUAACUGUUUACUAUCCUCAACCUGUAAUCUGCACUACACUGCGAGGACACAAACCACAGCCGGUUAACCAGGAAUAACCCAAAUAACUAGGAUUUAAACCUGUGUUCUCCGGCACUCACACACAAACAGAGACAAACAAAGAGCUACAGCUACAGGAUACAGCCGCUCCAGAACAGUCUGUGGGGUAAACGUUACUGCCUGAGCACGGAAUAAUGACCACAGCCUUUAUUUAACUACUCUAAACCCCUGCAGAAACAGACAGUACUAUAGCAUGUGUUCAAAAAACAAGAGGAAAGAAACGGCCGAGAGCCAGCCGUUUACACUAACCGUGGAGGCCAAAGAUGGCAGACAGCAAGAUUCUGGUCAGGUCAGGGUAGUUUCCACUUCAACAUGGAAGGAUCUGAGAAGGAAAGUGGCCCUGCUGAUGCCCUACAUGUGGCCCAGUGGGAGUGGGCCACUGCAGAUCCUGGUGCUUGUGUGUGUGACCUUGCUUGGGCUGGAGCGGGUCAUCAACGUGUUUGUCCCCAUAUACAGCAAGGACAUAGUAAAUCAGUUAUCAGACAAGGAGAACUGGAACACUCUUGCAAUAACCGUGUGCAUCUAUGUAUUCCUCAAGUUCCUGCAGGGUGGGGGAGCAGGAACAUCAGGAUUUGUCAGUAAUAUGCGAUCGUUCCUGUGGACGCGUGUUCAACAGCACACCAGUCGAACAGUGCAGCUCCAGCUGUUCGCCCAUCUGCACGCCUUGUCGCUACGCUGGCAUCUGGGGCGGAAAACAGGUGAUGUCCUGCGCAGCAUCGACCGGGGCACAUCGUCCGUCAGCAACCUGUUAAACUACAUUGUAUUCACCAUCUUGCCAACUAUAGCGGACAUCAUCAUCGCCAUUGUUUACUUUGUCUCUUAUUUCAACGCCUGGUUCGGCCUGAUUGUGUUCAUCUGCAUGUUCCUGUACCUCACGUUAACCAUCGUCAUCACUGAGUGGAGAACCAAGUACCGGCGAGAUAUGAACACGCAGGACAACAACGCCAAGUCCAAGGCAGUGGACUCAUUACUGAACUUUGAAACUGUUAAAUACUACAAUUCUGAGGGGUAUGAAGUGAGUCGCUUUGAGGAAGCGAUCUUAAAGUAUCAGAGCUCAGAGUGGAAGGCGAGUGCUUCUUUAGCUCUCCUGAACCAAACACAGAACCUGAUCAUCGGCUCUGGCCUGCUGGCUGGAUCUCUGCUCUGCGCAUACUUUGUCACAGUGGACAAGUUCCAGGUUGGAGACUAUGUUCUUUUUGGGACUUAUAUUGUGCAGCUCUACACUCCUCUUAACUGGUUUGGCACAUACUAUAGGAUGAUUCAGACUGCUUUUGUGGACAUGGAGAACAUGUUUGAGCUGUUAACAGAGGAGAAGGAGGUGAAAGAUGAUGUAAAUGCAGUAGAUCUGCUCUGCACUGAAGGACGAGUGGAAUUCCGAGACGUUUGCUUCAGCUACACUGCAGGGAAGGAGAUUCUUAGAAACGUGUCAUUCACAGUGAUGCCUGGUCAGACAGUCGCACUGGUUGGUCAGUCAGGGUCAGGCAAGAGCACCAUCAUCCGGCUGCUCUUCCGCUUUUAUGAUGUCCAGGAUGGAUCUAUCCUUAUUGAUGAUCAGGACAUUUCAAAGGUAAAACAGAGCUCUCUCCGUUCCUUUAUUGGUGUAGUCCCUCAGGACACCGUGCUCUUCAAUGACAACAUCCGAGAGAACAUUCGCUACGGACGAAUCAGUGCCAGUGAUAAGGAAGUCGAAGAUGCUGCACUGGCUGCUGACAUUCACCAUAAGAUCCUGUCUCUUCCAGAUGGAUAUGAUUCACAGGUGGGAGAAAGAGGUCUGAAGCUGAGUGGAGGUGAAAAACAGAGAGUGGCCAUCGCUCGCACUAUACUUAAAGGCCCCCGCAUCAUCCUGCUGGACGAGGCCACUUCUGCUUUGGACACUCAGACAGAGCGUAACAUCCAGGCCUCUCUCACCAGGGUGUGUGCCAGCAGGACAUGUAUUGUAGUAGCCCACAGAUUGUCCACCAUCAUCUCAGCCGAUCUCAUUCUUGUUCUGCAUGAAGGGCAGAUUGCGGAGCGUGGACGGCACGAGGAGUUGCUGGCCAUGCAGGGACUGUACUCAGCCAUGUGGCAAAAGCAGCAGCAGCAGCAAGAAGACCCAGAGUCAAGUCCUUCCACUGAUACACAACCAGUGGAGGAACAGCAGGAGCACACUGUAGAAUGACACUUAAUAACAGGUCAGGAAAAAAAGAAUUUAGUCUCACUUUGUGUUAAGCGAAAACUGUGUUGUUGUAUAUUAAUGAACAUGUGAUAACAUACUACAGGUCAUGUAUUAAUUAUUAUAGAUGCUAAUAAUAAGCUUUAUUUGUUUUUUUUUGCACAGGAGGUUAAUCCAAGUAAUAAAAAAACAACAAACCUCAAACAUAACAUUAAACAUAUUAACUAUUUUGAGGUUAGAAUAAUCUACCAUCAUCUACUAUAUAUAUAUAUAUAUAUAUAUAUAUAUAUAUAUAUAUAUAUAUAUAGCUCUGGAAAAAUCAGAAUCAGUUUCUCUGAUUUAACUAUUUAUAGGUAUAUGUUUGAGUAAAAUAAACAUAGUUAUUUUAUUCUAGAAACUACUGACAUUUCUCCCAAAUUCCAAAUAAAACAUAUUGUCAUUUAGAGCAUUUAUUUGAGAAAAAAACAAAGCAAGUUUAUUCAUAAAGUAAUUCAUAAAGUUUUCAGAGUUCAGAAAUUAAUAUUUGGUGGAAUAACCCUGGUUUUUGAUCACAUUUUUCAUGCAUCUUGGAAUGUUCUCCUCCACCAGUCUUACACACUGCUUUUGGAUAACUUUAUGCCACUUCUGGUGCAAAAAUUCAAGCAAUUUAGCUUGGUUUGAUGGCUUGUGAUCAUCCAUCUUCCUCUUGAUUAUAUUUCAGAAGUUUUCAAUUUGGUAAAAUCAAAGAAACUUUUUUUAGUGGUCUUUUAUUUUUUUUCUAUAAAAUAUAUUACUAAUCAAAAUGAUAGCUUCUCAUUUUUAAAAACAAGCAUCUCAUCAUCUGUAAUAGCUGUAACAGAAACAUCAGCAGUUAAUGGAAUAAUACAAAUGUUUUUUACACUUGUGUAAUUAAUGUUGAUAGACGUGUAUUUAAGCAGUCUAUCCUACAGUAAUUCACUGUAACAGUGGUGACAUCUCCAGAAGUUACAUUGUUGUUUGAUGAUCAUUAAUAUAUAAUAACACAGUCAUUAUAGUCACUUAAUAUAAAGUGGGACCAAAUGGAGCAAUGCAAUGUGUCAUUCUGGUUAAUAAGUCUUCUCAGGCAAUAUAUUCUGUAUUCUGUAUUCUAUAUUCUGUCAAUAUAACUGUUUUUAUUUUUGAUAUGUUUCUUUGGAUAGCACUGGUUUGCCAUACUUUUUUUUUACUUUGAUGCCAGGUGUAAGAACAUGUUUAAGUUUAUCAUACGCACACUGUUUACCGUUCAUAAGCCUUUAUUAUAUUAUAUUAUAUUUUGUUGUUUUGCAAGGUUUUUCUCAAAGCAAGAUUUCUUAGUUUUUGUAAGCCAAAGGUCAAGUGUAGCCAUGGAAGAACAGCUGAGGGACAUUGUGACUUAAUUUGGUGACUCACCACCAUGUUUACAGUAUAUUUUGUCAACAGGUCUGAAAACACUCCUAUCAAAUGAAAGGGAAUCUGAAUGGACAUCAUUUUAUUACUUCAUGAUCUGGACAUUCUCAGGGAAUGUUGUGGGUAGUGUCAGUGAAAUGGUGCUUUAUAGAGUGCAUGUGCAAUUGCCUUUGACACAGACGUGGGCCUGUUUUAAUAUGUCUGUUUACAGGAAUGCAUUUGAAAAAUGAAGUACUUUGUUAAUAGUUGUCUGCAUUAAAAACCAAAAAAAUCUGAAGCUGCUCAUAUAUGUUUAAAUAUAUUCUGGUUUUAUGGGAAGAAUGUUAUUUUAAAGUGAUGUUUGUAACUGAGAAACAUGUACAGCUUAUAUUGCCAUUGUUUUGUACUGGUUUAAUAAAGUGAAGCAUUCUACAAAUACAACU